AUGCCUUGUUUGAAAAAACUCGUCGUAGCAUCCGAGGAACCGUGGGGCAACGAGUCGCCAGGCAUGUCCUGCGAAGUCGUAGCGAUGGAACACCUUGAAGUGCUCGACCUAUCUGCAUCUGGACCUUACAUCUGCUGUCUGUUGUCCUAUCUUCGGGUUCCAUUCACUGCCGCACUAUCGCUCACGCUCCAGCUUUCAACGCAAUCAUGCUCAGUCUCUUCCUUGAUACAAUUCCUCAAGAAUCAUUGGACCUUUCGAGACGACGGCGAGCCCGUAUGGAGAUUAAUUUACCACGAAAACGACGACAACACGUUUGUGCUCACGGCAUAUGCGCCGGACGGACCUUACCCCCCGGGCUUGCGUUUGACCGUCCCCCAUGCCUGGGACUUCAUACUCAGCCGAGUUAUCCGCGAGAUGUCUACGGACAGCGUGCAACGGCUGGUGAUGUGGCUCGUUUCGGACCACACAGAUCCGGCUACCCUCAGACGCCUCCUCGAGAAGUGUUCGUCCACGACAGUACUGGAGCUUCCGACUCGCCUUGCCUUCGAAACCGUCAUACCUCUUCUUGUUGCCCCCACAUCAGGUCCUGAACUGCUUCCGAAGCUGCGGUGCAUAGAUAUGGACCUGGAAGAGGAGGGCGAACCAUCCCAGGGUGCCAUUCGCGAACUACAGUUCCUUAUCAUCAAGAGGUGUGUGGCCCGUGUCGUCGGGGACAACAGGCCGAGACUGCCCAUUUACCUGAAUAUCAUGGGUUCUUGGACGAUGUCUCACGAGGAUCUCGACACACUUUUUCUUGUAGCUGGCGGUUCAGAGUAUGUAAGACUGGAUGGGAUUUAG